GCUACGGUCACACUGCCAUAUCGACGCAAAACAAAUUGCGAUUCUACCCCACAAGAAAAAGAGGAAAAACAGCAAUUAUAUCCGUAAUCUAGCUGACACAGAGGUCCCCAACCAGUCGCAGCCGCGUCCCAUGAGUGCGAACCUGAAGAACAUCAAGCUGGCCCACUUCGGGGGCUCGCUCGGUUCCGGUGGCUUUGGCAUCUCUGCGUCAUCUGGAGGAGCUGGAAAACUGCCCACAAAUGGCACGGGUGGCGGCAAAUCCGCUCCAGCGAGCUCAUUCACAGAGUCCGAGGUGCUGGCCACACCCGGAGGCGUCGUUAUACCCAUAAUUCGCACUCGAGACGUGCCCAAACUGUUGCCCACCAUUGCCGCGGCACUACAGCGUCCGUCGGAUGAUCAUUUGGCGGCCGAGGAUCUGGAUGCAGUGCAACUGGAGCUGGAACAAAUGCUCUCCAAUGUGGCGUUGCGCACGCGCGUCCUUAAAGCGGAGUAUGAUAGCCUGGACAAGGAUGAGAAGCGCCAGGAUCGAAGAAAAAUCGACCGUGUGCCCGGAUCGCCACCUUGUCCGGCAAGCAUGCUCAAUGGCCUGCUGGGCAUCGGCAGCAACUCCUCGACGAGUCUGGGCAGCCCGCUGGGCGGCGGAGGCGCCUCCUCCUCCAGUCAGUCCAAGCGCAAGCGGGAUGAGCCAACCGGCGUGCGCAAGAAGCACUCCUCGAUGACCAUUCUCAAGCAACAGGGCGUUUCCGGCGGUUCCACGAAGCAUCAGGCCAAAAACAGCCCCUUGACCGUGCAUACCGACGACAGCAUGGACUAUCUGCCCACACUGGCGGCAGCCAAUGCCUCUGGAUCCGUGCUGCCGCACCACCAGCCGUUGCCGCAGCUACCCAAGGUGGCGGUGCCCAAGAACGAUACGCCCAACAAGUUCUGGCUAUCCGUAGAGCCCUACUGCAUGCCGCUAACCAACGAGGAUCUGCGUUUAAUCGAUGACCUGCUGGAGCAGUAUUGGGGUCCACUGGUGCCGCCAGUGCCCACUCUGGGUCCCCAUUAUUCCACAGUUUGGGCCCAGGAGGAUAUGAAGGCGCUGCAGCCGGGCGGAGCACGAAUCAAGUCGCACAAUUCCAGCGGAAUGCUUAAAAAAGCCGAAGGAAUGGUGGAGGAGAGCAUCACUGGUCCACUCACCCAGCGAUUGGUGUCCGCCUUGAUGGAGGAAUCACUGAUGACGCUGCCCAGCGAACAAGCCGCAGUGGGCGAGCACAGCAACAGCACCACAAGCAGCAGCAACGAGAACACCCACUCGCACUCCUCAUCCUCGGCAAAUGCUGCCGCGGCAGCCGCGUCCGGUAACUUCCGAUCCCUUGCCAUGAUGAAACAUGGCGUGGGCAUCGAACAGCGUCUGAAGAAGACCCUCAUCGAGAACGGACUGAUCGAUGCCAGUGAAUUUGCGGCCCACGAGGACGUGGACGAGGUGCUGCUCGAGAUCAAGCGUGUCACGACCGAGAUCAGCUCCAUUUCGCAGUUCAACAGCGAGGAAUUGAAGCGACUGCGUGCCGUCGCCAGCGAGGAAAUCAAGCGAAUUGCCAUCAAACGAAAAUUGGACACGGUGGACCAGGAGAUACUGGAGUGCUACAAGCGAAUGUUGCAGUAUCGCGCCAAACGCAAGGGUCACACCAUCGAGGAAAAGCAGGAGAUACUGCGGCUGACCAACGAGCAGCGCCUGCUGGCGGAUCAGCUGGAGCGGAUGCAGAUGCAUCUACCCUGCAUCAGCGGCGCCGGCAGCUCCCUGCUCGAGCCAAAGAUGUAGGACAGGACCCUGGCCUGGGGCUGGUGCCAGCUAAUGGCCAUGCAUCAGGCAAAGAGGCAGGUCCGGGACGCUAGCCUCAAGCUGCAGUGCGUCUGAAGGAGUUCCGCCUCCGUCUCGCCUCCUUUCUUUUCGCCAGACUGUAAAUUAGCCAAGAUAUUCAACACGUAGCAUCUAGUGUACGCAAUCUAAGGUGUGGAUGGUUAGGAAAAUGCGCUCAAUGUGGCGGAAAACAGUUUUGCAUUAGUUUCUUCGAGUCAAACGCCACAUCUGAGUCUUUUUCCACUAGCUUCCUAACCCGUAUUCUUAUCUUUGUCGCCAGACUGUACAUUAACAAAGAUAUAUAGCUUGUAGAAUGUAGAGUUCAAGAUUAAAGUGAAAUUAGUUAUUUAGAUAAGAUCUUCUAGUAGCGUUUGCCUAUUUUAAACUGUUCUUUUAUAAAACAUCCUAGUUUUGCUUUCUUUACAUAGUAACGUUUUUCGUAAGCCUAAAAGUUGGUGGUAAUUUGUUUGUAAUGCCUGAAAAUUUAAUAUAUACCCGUAGAUUUUACAUGCGAAAUUUGGUUUUGUGUACAUAAAUAUUGAGCUUUGUUUCUAACUCAAUAGAUUCAUUACGAUGAAUUUUAUGAACUGAAAGUUUCCUUGCUGGAAUUUCCCUAAAUGAAGAAGUUUUUUUCUCAUGUUUUUCGCAACUAUAAAUAUUGAUCCACCCUAUUUAACACUCCCAAAUACAUACACUUUGUAUAGCUUAAGUAAUCGUGCGGCAAUAAAGUUGUCACUAUCGAGUGUAAA